UGCCCAUACUCUCUACACAUCAGCAGGACAAGGGAGACAAGCUGCUUUGAUUUCCGUUAGAGUCUGAUGAAUAGAACAACCACUUACUAUUUAGGAUGGAAAGUAAGAACCUCCUCUUUGGCUUUCUUCUCUGCUACAUUUUGCUGACAACUACCUAUUCUCAUAUGGCAAUUGAGGAGAACACAGAACAGAGUCUGGCAAACAGCAACAAAAUGAAUCUCCCAGACCUCCCACCCAUCUCAAUAGUAGAAUUAACAAAAGCAUCCCGGAAGAUAAGUAGGAAAGAAGCAGAAACGAAAAUCUCUUCCAAGAAAAAGACUGCACCGAAAAGGUCUCCUGAACCCAGGCCCACACCUGCAAAUUGUGUGGCUACUUCAAAAUCAUGCAAGCCGUACUCUAACCCAUGUUGUGACUUCUGUGCCUUCUGCCAUUGCCGAAUUUUUCAGACUGUCUGCUACUGCCGACGGUUAAACUGCUAAACCAAAACCAGGAGCACAUGGGGCACUCUGUCUCUCAUUAGCCUCUCCAGUAUAUGUUUCAAACUAUCUGUCUCAUGUGUAUUGCAAGCAAAGCAGAGAGCCUUUGAAGCUGGCUGGUUAGCUGGCUUUGUCUCCCCUACAAUUGAAUGAAUGAUUGGUUUUAUCUCAUGGGGUGAAUGCUUCUGGAAACAAGUCAGUACAUGAAGUACAGGGACAGAGAGAUGGAGACAGAAAGGGUAAUCACCAGAGAAUUGAAGAUGAACUGGUUGCAUGUCAGGAAGGAAUUCUAUUUCUUUCUGAAAUCCAAAAUUUUAUCAUAUGCUGUAGUACUGCAUAAUCAAGACUCAAAACCAGCAGGAAAAUGGGAUAGCAUGUGCACUGACUUCUCAAAUUCAUUUACAGUAUGAAACUGACCACAUUAAAAUAGAAAUUGUGAGUACAGUUGAGGACCAAGUGUGUUUAUAAUGAACUUUAGACCUGCCUACUAUGAUAGGCACAGGCGACUGGUAGGAUGGGUACAUGGCCCCCCGAG